GAGGGGACCAGGCAGCAGCUGAGCUCAAAAGUGACAAACCCCCGUCCAUCAGUGACCUGGACAGCAUCUUCGGCCCUGUGCCCCCCCCCGGGGCGCCUGCCGGUAGCGCAGAAGACAAAUGGGUCAAUUUUUCCGAUCAAUCCCCGGAUAACGCCUCUCAAGUGGAAGCGGCACCCUGGGAAAAACCGGGGUCCCCACCAGCGGUGCCAGGCAGCCCGGCCCCUGCUGAGUCCUCGCGCCCACUGCCCUCACCACUUCACCUGGAUGAGGUUCACAAGAAGGUUUCGGAGCAAGCCCACCUCAAGGAUGAGAACUCGGAGCCAGUCGCCUCUCCCAAAGAUUUUGGGUUGGGCCCAAGAGCGACCCCGCCGCCCCCUCCACCACCCACCUACCGGACAGUGGUGUCCUCUCCCGGACCGGGAGCCAGCAGCGGCACAGGAAGCACCAGCGGUUCCUCAUCACCGGCCCGCCCUGGCACACCACUGGCUGCCUGUGGCACCCCACCACCACCACCUCCCCGACCCCCUUCCCGGCCCAAGCUGCCCCCCGGCAAGCCCCCCGUCGCUGACGUGUCCAGGCCUUUUAGCCCUCCUAUUCACUCCUCCAGUCCUCCUCCGAUAGCACCUUUAGCCCGUGCCGAAAGUACUUCUUCCAUAUCUUCCACCAAUUCCCUGAGCGCAGCCACCACUCCCACCGUUGAGAAUGAACAGCCUUCCCUCGUUUGGUUUGACAGAGGAAAGUUUUAUUUGACUUUCGAAGGCUCGUCACGGGGCCCCAGCCCCCUGACCAUGGGGGCACAGGACACCCUGCCCGUCGCCGCUGCCUUCACGGAGACAGUCAACGCCUACUUCAAAGGGGCUGACCCCAACAAGUGCAUCGUGAAGAUCACAGGGGAGAUGGUGCUGUCAUUUCCCGCUGGCAUCACCCGACACUUUGCCAACAACCCCGCGCCGGCGGUGCUCACCUUCCGCGUGCUGAACUACAACCGGCUGGAGCACGUCCUGCCAAACCCCCAGCUCCUCUGCUGUGACAACACGCAGAGCGAUGCCAGCGCAAAGGAGUUCUGGGUCAACAUGCCAAAUCUGAUGACUCACCUCAAGAAGGUAUCGGAGCAGAAGCCGCAAGCCACCUAUUACAAUGUGGAUAUGCUCAAAUACCAGGUAUCUGCCCAGGGUAUUCAGUCUACUCCAUUAAACCUUGCAGUGAGCUGGCGGUGUGACCCUGCAAGCACUGACCUCCGCAUUGACUACAAAUACAAUACAGAGGCAAUGACCACACCGGUAGCUCUAAACAACGUCCAAUUCCUCGUCCCCGUCGACGGUGGAGUAACCAAACUUCAAGCUGUGCUUCCUCCUGCAGUCUGGAACACUGAACAGCAAAGGAUAUUGUGGAAGAUCCCCGAUAUCUCCCAGAAGUCGGAAAACGGAGGCGUGGGGUCCCUGCUGGCCCGUUUCCAGCUCGGGGAGGGGCCCAGCACCCCGGCCCCCCUGGCUGUGCAGUUCACCAGCGAGGGGAGCACCCUGUCCAGCUGCGACAUCGAGCUCGUGGGCGCCGGAUACCGCUUCUCCCUCAUCAAGAAGAGGUUUGCAGCAGGUAAAUACUUGGCCGAUAACUGA